GGUCUUUUUUCCGGGUUAAAAAAGCGAGAAAUAUUGAUUAAACAAAAUGGUAUUUUUAGAGAUAUUUGCAUGGGCAGUUUUGACAUGGUAUGUCUUUGUUAUCUCUCUUAUUAUAUUUGGAUGGAUUACUAUUUGGUUUAUUAAGUCGAAAAAUAGGAUCCAUGAUGAGAAGGAUUUAACGGAGGCAUUGCCGGGGGUAUCUAUUCUUAGACCUCUUAAGGGACUAGAUCCUCGUUUGUAUGAAUGCCUGGAGUCUACGUUUGUGCAGAAAUACCCUAAAUUUGAGAUUAUAUUGUCUGUAGCAGAUGAGACGGAUCCAGCGGUCUUAGUAGCCAAAGAAGUGAUAAAGAAGUAUUCUAAAGUUGAUGCGAGAAUUAUUAUUGGCGACGAAAGGAUUGGACAAAAUCCGAAGAUUAAUAAUCUAAUACGUUCUGAACGGGAAGCAAAAUAUGAUAUUCUUUGGAUUCUGGAUAGUAAUAUAUGGAUAUCACAAGGAUGUAUUAAACGGAGUGUUAAAUCGUUGAUGACGCCAGGAGUUCAGCUGGUACAUCAUUUACCAGUAUGUAUUGCAUCGUCAUCACGACCAUCAGUGGGGUCAUGUUUAGACGAGAUGUUUUUAUCUACGUUUCAUGCAAGAAUGUAUUCAGCAAUUAAUCGUAUUGCGGUUACACCAUGUGUUAUAGGUAAAAGCAAUUUAUUUAGGCGAAUAUCCUUGUUAUCUCGAGCACCUAAGGGUUUAAAAGAGUUUUCAAACUAUAUAGCUGAAGAUCAUUUGAUUGCUACAACAUUGUGGACAAGACGAAAAAGUCAUUUUAUGGCGGCAGAAUAUGUAUGGCAUCCGGUUGAUAAUAUUAGGAUUAGUGAUUAUAUUACAAGACGUAUACGAUGGAUACGCCUUCGAAAAUAUGUAGUCACUGUACCCACGUUGGUUGAACCAUUUACUGAGAGUAUAUUAUCCGGUUUUUUGGGAGUUUGGUCGAUUUCUAUUUUAAGUAACUUUAGACAUGCUUAUAUAUUAUGGAUCAUUCAUAUGUUUGUUUGGAUGGUUAUGGAUUAUACACAAUUUAAUAUUUUACGCUCUUCUCUACCUAGCGAAAUUAAGGAUGAUUCCAAUUUGACACCAUGUUGCUAUAAUUUCUUUCAUUGGAUUUGUAUUUGGGUUUUACGGGAAAUAUUGGCGUUUCCAAUUUGGGUUAUAGGUAUUUCUGGUUCACAGAUUUAUUGGAGAAAUCAGACGUUUACACUUCGUUCUGACAUGACUGCACAAAUAGUAUAUUAAAAAACUUGGUUUUAAUAAAGUAAAAAGGUUUUAAUAUUUUUUGUAU